GUGACGUCACCGCGCUCCGUCAGCCAGUGUUGAUGUUUUGGAGAACGGGAAGAGGGAGACGCGUUUGUUUUUGUUCAAGUCAAACCGUCGAAAAGGAGCCGAGGGGACGCUUCUUUCUUCUCCUGCGGCUCGUCUGAGGGUCUUAGCUUGGCGGUAGGAGCCUAACGGCCGGUCCGGACGGUGAACAGGCCGAUACUUUUGAUCCAGAACAACGGAGCUGUCCCCAUCUCUCACCGCCUCCCUGCUCCCCUCACACCGACUCCACCAUGACGAUCCUCCCGAAGAAGAAGCCCAGCUCCGCGGUCGGAGUCUCGGACCACACCGAUGACAGCGACCGUCGGAGUGGCUCUGACCCUCACCAGCACACGCACCCCCACGCAGGGAGGACCGGAGCCCGACCGAGGGCUUCGCCUCCUCCGUGGUCCUACCAGGGCGCCCCACCUUCAGCCAGAGACGACAGGCGGAGCAUCGAGGCCAGCUCCCGGCCUCAGCAGGCCUCUCCGCCGCCUGUUGGUUCUGUGUCCCCCGUGGGGCCAGGGGACGGGCGUGACAGCAGCGGGGGGAUGGUGACCGGCUCCCGGGGGGAGCUGGUGGUGUCUGCCGGCGUGGUCGGAUGCGGCGGGGCGAUAGGAGGCUGUUGCUCCGGGCCCGGCCUGAGUAAGAGGCGGCGGCAGGCAGGAACCUGCUCCGGGGGGGUGGUAGCCGCUCUGGCCGGCGGAGGCCAGCCGGGAGUGACCGGCCCGGGAGGAAUGGGCUCCAGCCAGGACACGGAGGAAGGAGCCGGGAACAACAGCGAGGAUGAGUAUGAGAACGCGGCCCGGCUGCAGUCCGUGGACCCGGCCACCGUGGAGCAGCAGGAGCACUGGUUCGAGAAGGCUUUGAGAGAGAAGAAAGGCUUUGUCAUCAAAAAGAUGAAGGAGGACGGGGCGUGUCUUUUCAGAGCUGUGGCGGAUCAGGUGUACGGGGAUCAGGACAUGCACGAGGUGGUGAGGAAGCACUGCAUGGAUUACCUGAUGAAGAACGCAGACUACUUCUCCAACUACGUGACAGAAGACUUCACGACGUACAUCAACAGGAAGAGGAAAAACAAUUGCCACGGCAACCACAUCGAGAUGCAGGCCAUGGCCGAAAUGUACAACCGACCAGUGGAGGUGUACCAGUACAGCACAGGUGAGUCCGCCAGCCCCCCGUACCUGAGUCAGAGGCGCCGUCUUCACCAUGCUCCUCCUCUUCCUCCUGCAGAGCCAAUCAACACAUUCCACGGCAUCCACCAGAACAACGACGAGCCAAUCAGAGUCAGCUACCACCGCAACAUCCACUACAACUCUGUGGUGAACCCAAACAAGGCCACCAUCGGCGUCGGCCUGGGACUGCCCGCCUUCAAACCCGGGUACGCAGACCAGUCUCUGAUGAAGUCGGCCAUCAAGACGUCGGAGGAGUCGUGGAUCGAGCAGCAGAUGCUGGAGGACAAGAAGAGGGCGACGGACUGGGAGGCCACCAACGAAGCCAUCGAGGAGCAGGUGGCGCGCGAGUCCUACCUGCAGUGGCUGCAGGACCAGGAGAAGCAGGCCCGGCAGCCCCGUAAGGCCAGCGCCACCUGCAGCUCGGCCACCGCCGCCGCGUCCAGCGGCCCGGACGACUGGAGCGCCCGGUCGCCGCGGCAACGGGACUCGGACCCCUCCCACUCUGACCUCACGACCGGCCCGUCCACCCACAACAAGCCCCCCUCCCCCGCCGGCGCCGCCCUCAUCCUCAGCAAGCCCCCGUCGCCCUGCGCCCCAGGUCCCAGCAACCAGAGCCGUCACCACCUGGAGUACAGAGCCAUCAUGCAGGAAAUGUCUCCCACAGCCUUUGGUCUGACGGACUGGGAGGACGAUGAGAUCCUGGCCUCGGUGCUCGCCGUGUCGCAGCAGGAAUACCUGGACAGCAUGAAACACCAGAGCGCCGGCGCCGCCAUGCAUAGAGAGCGCGAGCCAUCGCCAGACAGCAGCUGAUACCCCGGCCCGCCUCGCCCCCCCGGCCCACAGACGGACCUCCUCCAUGGAGAAAAUAAACCAUCCAACAGAGAUGCACUCAUUUUCUUUUUCAAAUCCUCUGAUUCAUGUUCCCGUUUCCAGCAUCACUUCCUCCCACCUCCUGGUUGCUCUGAGACGGAGCCAGGGCGUCACGCUGAUCCGGGAUCAGCUCGUAUUUAAAUGUGGACAGCGCCCAGCAGUUUGAGUUUUGGUUUUCCUGUUGUCACAAUCAGGCUGUUAGCUCCAUGGUUCCAAUGAAGGACGCUCGGCGGUCCGAUCCGAGCCCGACUGUCCGGCCCAUCCGGUUCUGUUCAGCCAUCAAAAGUCUUAUCAUGUUCUGCACGGCGCUGAUCAUUCCCAGCGCGGACGCAGCGGAUAACGAGCCGUGGUGCAGGCGGCCUCCUCAUCGUCACCUUCAUCAUCAGACUUAUUUAGCUGCAUGUUUAACCGACCACAGCCGAGCUCAUCAUAGAAGAAACGACAAAAGGAGGCAACAUAGACCGUUGUCAUACUUAUCCUCUUAAUGAUUGAUUAUUGUUGCUAUUAUUAAUAAUAGAAGUUUGUUUUAUUUUAUUUUCUCAGUUGGGAUGAAAACUUUUUGGUUUCUUGGAAUAAAACGAGGAAGAAGUUUCUGAAAAGCA